UGCAAAGACGAUUUCCUCUUCCGCCUGAGCUCUGUCAUAGAUCGAUCUCCAGCAAUGUCUUCCACCCACCGACCUUCAUCCCGGAGGAGGGUGGAGCCAGCCAAGAGCUCCACCCACAACUACAUCACACAGGAGAAGUCUGAGGAUAAGAGUGACACCGACCAGGAACCAACCAAUUCCCACACAGAUUUCUCCACCAUGUCCUUCGAGGAUCUCCUCCAUCUACAGAACACAGUGGGGAGGAAAGCUUUCUACAGAUCCAUGGGGGAGCCUCAGAAGACGAUGGAGGGAGAGAAGCCCAAGAGGACGGGACCGUUAGAGUUGUCCUCGAAGAACCCCGCCCCUUUCCUGCGGAAGGUGAUUUCCUCCAAGAAGACGAUGCGGAGAGACCCUCGAUUUGAUGACCUGUCCGGGGAAUUCAAGCCGGAAGUGUUUUUGAAUACGUACAAAUUCCUGGAUGACCUCAAGAAGAAGGAGAAAGAGGUUGUCCAAACGAAGCUGAAGAAGGCUCGAGACCCAGAACUGAGGGAGAAGCUGCAGAAGCUGAUCCGCAAGAUGGAUCAGCAGGAAGAAGCUUCACAGAAACAAGAGAAGCUGAGAGAGAGACAGCUGGAGUACAAGAGGCAAAUGCGAGAGGAUGCCCGCCAGGGAAAGAAACCAUUUUAUCUGAAGAAGGGUGACAUUCGGAAGGUGGAGAUGGCGGAUAAAUAUCGAGAACUGAAGAGGAAAGGAAAACUGGAGCAUUUCCUGAGUAAGAAGAGGAAACGUAAUUCACACAAAGACCGCCGGAAACUUCCCAACCAGUGA